CCCGCCGCGGCCUCCCGCAGCGCCGGCGCGGCCUGCGCCCGUCGCCCCCUCCGCGCCGCGCCGCUCGCUGUGGGCAUCCCGGCGCCUGCAGCCCCGCCCCGCGCGUCCCCGCGGGCGGGGGCCGGGCGGGCGCAGCCCCGGCCGCCGCCGCGCCGCCCCGCGCGGCCAUGCCGCAGCCGUAGGCAGCCCGCGGCCGCUCCCUGCGCGCGGCCGCCGCGGCCCGCGGGCGGCGGCCCUGCCCGAUGGGCGGCCUGGUGAGCGGCGCCAGCGUCAAGGAGCCCACCACGGUGGAGGACUGCGACUCCACCUGGGAGACCGACUCCGAGCCCGAGGCGGCCGAGCCCGGCGGCGAACCGCGGCGGCCGGACGGCGUGUGCGGCGGGGGCGGGGAAGAGCCGGCCGAGCCGCCGCAGCCCGCCGCGGGCUGCCGGCCCGAGGAGCCCCCCGCUCCGCAGCAGCAGCAGCAGGACGAGGGGGAGCGGGCCGAGGCGGACGCCCCCGGCCCCGAGCAGAGUGGCGAUGCUACUGAACUCACAGCCAAGCCAAAGAGAAGUUUCUAUGCAGCAAGAGACUUAUACAAGUACCGACACCAGUAUCCACAGAACUUUAAAGAUCUUCGAUAUCAAAAUGACUUGUGUAAUCUCCGCUUUUACAAAAACAAAAUCCCCUUUAAACCUGAUGGGGUUUAUAUUGAAGAAGUCCUAAAUAAAUGGAAAGGAGACUAUGAAAAACUGGAACAUAAUCACACUUACAUACAGUGGCUUUUCCCGCUGAGGGAACAAGGUCUGAACUUCUAUGCUAAAGAACUAACUACAUAUGAAAUUGAGGAAUUCAAGAAAACAAAAGAAGCAAUUAGAAGAUUCGUUUUGGCUUACAAAUUGAUGUUGGAGUUUUUUGGGAUAAAGCUAAUUGAUAAAACUGGAAAUGUAGCACGAGCUGCUAACUGGCAGGAAAGAUUCCAGCAUUUGAAUGAGUCUCAACACAACUACUUGAGGAUCACUCGAAUUCUGAAAAGUCUUGGUGAACUUGGAUAUGAGAGUUUCAAAUCUCCCCUGGUAAAAUUUAUUCUUCAUGAAGCUCUUGUAGAAGAUACCAUUCCGAAUAUUAAGCAGAGUGCUCUAGAAUAUUUUGUGUAUACUAUUAGAGACCGAAGAGAAAGGAGAAAGCUCCUGAGAUUUGCUCAACAACAUUAUACACCUUCAGAGCAUUUUAUCUGGGGACCACCAAGAAAACAGAAGUCAGAAGGAAGCAAAACAAGUAAAAAGCCAUCAUCUCCAGUUUCUGUUCACAAUAGUUCUAUUUCUAAGCAUAAGAAACUGAAAGAUCCUAAAAAUACAUCCACAAGUGGAAGCUCAACUAGUAAAACAACUGACGAAAGAAAAGUAGAACUCACAAAAAAUGGGGAAGGAAAUGAACAGGAUGAAGAAGAAAUGAAUUGUGAUGCUGUUAGGCAGAACAACAGUGAAAAGAACAGUGAUACUGAUACCAGUCAGCAUUCAAAAUCAGAAGAAAUUCAUGAUACUUCAGACAAAAAGGAGGACGCUUCUUAUUCUGAAAAAGAUGAUGAAAAUCUGAACAAUGACUGUGGAAAUCAUCCAGGUACUAUAGAUAAAGAUUUAUGUGACAGUGAGAAUUGUUUGAAUAAUAUGUCAGCAGAUCCACAGGACAACCUUGAUAAGGAUACGCUUUCAGGGGAGGCCAACACAAAAAACAAAGAUGAGAUAAAAUCAUGAGUCUGAAGUUAAAAUCCAUUAUGUUUCAUAUUGAAUGAAGCAAAUUAUUCAUUACUCCUUCAUUUUGGGUGAAACUUACAUCUGGUGUAGCAUAAAAGUUCAGGAAACCUUGUUGGGUAUGAAUGCAUCACUUAAAUUGAUAACUUUUUUUUUAACCUCCAUUUAUCAGAUGUAAAGCAGACAUGGCUAUUUAAAACAAUUGUGUUAAUUCAAAGCCUAGAAAUUUAUUAUAUUUUCCAGAUAGAUUGUAGUUUGCAUAGAAAAAAAAUUAUCCUUUUUUGUCAGUAAAUUCAUCCAUUAUUUAAAAAAAAAGUGUAACUUAUUAAGAACUCUUGGGACAUCAGAAUCUUUAAAUUUUUUAAGUAUGUGUUUUAAGUAUUGAUUUCUUCUUAUGAAAUGACUAGAAAUUCUUUUGAGAGCACUAUUUUUCCCUACUGGAUGUUAGUUAGGAUCUUUUUUUGUAUCCAAGGGCAGUAUUUGCACAGCAUCUUUUACCUUAGAUUAGCAUCCUUGUCUGAGACACUUUAUAAUGGAUAUCAAAACAUCUCACAGAUCCGGGCAUCAUUUUACAUUGAAUAAAAGUUUAACUUACGAUGAAACUGUAUCCACAGCCUUUGGAUACAAGGGAAGUUGCACUUUAGACGACUUUUAGUCCUUUUCAAGUCUUUUCUUCUUAUGACUCAUUUGCUGCUUCUGCUAAUUUGGUGGGGAAUCACUUUGGUUACUCCUGGAUUUGGUCUCACAUUGACAGCUCCCUGUUAAUCAACUGUAAUAAAACAACUCACCCAGCUCUGUUUGGUUCCUGUAAACCCCCUUCCCUGGGGGUCAGUUGCCAACAGCUCAAAAGCAGUGUCUUCGCAAUGCUGAAACCACUGUUUCUGGUUUGAGUGAGAAGGGUACUCCUCCUCUUUUCUUUCAGCUGUCUUCUCUCUCCCUUUGCUCUUUAUUUGGGAGUCUUUUGCAGUUUAAUUUUAUUUUGAUCAAUGUUUAAUGUUAUUUUAGGCUCAAAUCUGAGAAAAGCCAGUCUGCUAGCCUGGCUAGAGCCCCAUGGAUAGGAAUUUCCCAAUUAAGAGCUUUCCCAACUUUGUUCCCUUAAGGACCACUCUGUUCCCUGAACAGCCGCUUUUGACUUCAUUCCAUUCAGUCAAGCAGGAUUAUAUCCAGCAAGUUAAUUGUAUACAAUAUGAAUUUAAUAAUAAUGCAGAUAAAACUCAGAUUUUAUAUAGUCCUAAAAUACUCUUAAACAUCUGUUCAUAUUUUCUGUUUAAAAGUGUAUAUAUUAUCCACUGCCUUUAGUGUAUUUUUAAUGAAAUGUUGUGAUGCUGGUAGCUGACUGCAGUUUGAGUGUCAGAGUGCUACAGGAUUUUAUUCAAGUCCUAUAACUCAAAAUGACAAAGGCUGCAGGGGUUUCAAAGCAUAGACAAAAUGUCUUGUAUUUUUCUGUUUCACUAAUUCCCAUUCUGGCAGUGCACGCAUCCAUUGCUCUCCCCAGGUGGCAAUGUCUCUUGAGGUCAAACAGAGUGGCAGUUCGCGACUUUGGUUCCCAUGGACUCAGGAUUUUCCCAUCUAAAGAGGCAGGGAAGGAGCAAAACACAUUCUUCCUUCUCCUGCACUGACUUGUAGGAAGAGGAACAUAUGUAUGUGGAUUUUCUUAGGGGUAACCCAGGUUGCUCAAGCAAGAGUUGAGACUGAAGCAAAAUGCUCCAGAGAAUUAUCUCCUGCAGCCACCGCUUCUUGAGAGCUGCAAAGGUGCUGAGGAACCUUUCAGAUUGCCCUGGACUUGAACUAGGAUCCCCUCUUUCGUGUUUGUCUCUGACCUUUAGCACAGAAGGGCACAGGAAAUGCUCAGAUUGAAAAAAAAUAAUGAAAGUCCAUAUACUUGAAGACUCUAACCUCACUCAUACGCACAAGAAGGACAAGUUUAUGUUCUGCCUACAACUUUUUAAAUCUGGAGUGCCUAACUUUGCCAGCUUAAUAGCAUUUAUUGUUUUAACAUAGUUAUUUCUUGAAUGGCAUAGGGAAAGUUUACACUCUUCAUAUGAUGAAGGUAGCUAGCUAUACAGAGCCUUCAAUUUGUGGACAUUCUAUGUUAAGAUUAAACAUAUAAAUAAAUACAGAGUCUUCAAGUGAAAUGGGAGAUGCUGAGGGGUGUUAUUUUAUUUAUACUGUAAUUUGAUUGAAUAUAGAUGACCUCAGGAGAUCUUUCUUCUUUUGUCUACUGGACAGAAAAAUGAGGAGAAAUUUAAUUUAAUAUAAACUUUAAUUUAAACCAGAAAGUUCUUGGGAUGUGCAUCUAAUGGAUUUCUCUGCAGUAUGUUGUUCUGUCAUUAAGACACAACUUUCAUCUGUGUGCGUUUGCUGGGUGUCCAUCCAUAAUUAAGUAUUUAAAAUAAAAAUGACUUUUUUUCUGGCAGCUCAAGCCCCCAGUAUAUGUGAAAAUACAGUUAAGAUCUUUGGAACUAUAUCCUUAUUAAUUCUUUGAUUAUUAUUAUUUUUUUAAUCUCCAGCUCGGGAUAUUUCUAUCAGUUUUCUUAAAGGUGAGAGUAGGGGUGACAUAUCAGUUGCAUACAAAGAACUACAAGGAUAAGGGAAGUGAGGGUUUUUUUGCGUUGGUGGCUUCCUGCAUUCUGUAGUACUUGGCUUUUAGCUUUAUCAGUCGGAUUACUCCUACAGGGCACUUCAGCUUUAACUACCUUUUUCUGCUCUACAUAAAAUGUGAUGAUUUGUCAUUAUUUUUAUGGAGGAGAUGUUUUUUCUGAUUAUUGCAAGUGCUUAAAAGAAUGAUUCAUUGCAGGGCAAUCAUGCUGUGUAGUAUCCUAUUGAGGUUUGUGAGGCUCAGAUGGGUGCACUGUAUGCAUUUCAUCACUGAAUCAUGGCCUUAGCAACUAGAAGCACCCUGUGCUUGUAGUUUGUAAGUAUUGGCUUUCAGGUUUACCGUACAAUGUAUGUUGAAAUGAUUGUAUUCUCAUAAAUGCCAGCAUUUAGUCAUUUAAUCUUUAAUUCAGAAAUUGAGCAUGUGCAAAGCAAUUAAGGACUUUUGCUUGCUACUAAAAUUGGUUUUAUCUUGCAAUACACUUAAAUAUUUGGGGGUUUCUGUGUACUUACUACAACAAUGUGCUUCGGUUCUGCCUUUUACUAGAAUCUGAACAAUUCGUAUAUCAACGAAAUGGAACUUCCCAUGCAAGGAUUCUUUCCUAAUAAGUACAUCUGCGUACCCUCUGAUGGGAGGCAUGUAAGCGGGAGUAGUGUUCAUGUGAACACACCUGUGAAUUUGAUUUUACUUUAAUUAUCCUGCAGAGAGGGUAUAUCGAUGUGCAACUUAACCCCAUUUUACUGAGUACACACAUGUAAGUGAAAGUGCUUGUACAAGUCAUGCAAACAUGCAGCACUUCAUAUUUAAGGCUAGUUACAGCUCUGUGCCCUACUAUCGAGGACGCGAGUGUGCCUCAGUACGUGAGAAUGUGUUGGCAUAGAGCCUGAAAGCUUGUGCACAUGAGGUAAGCACAAUAGGCCAUUCAACUAAGAAAAGCAGUUACGCAUGUGCACAUAUCUAGGAGCAGAACUGAGCUUUUGGUGUCUAUAUUUCUAGUAAUUAAAGGGGUGAUCCUGAAGGAUGCUAAAAACAUUUGCAAUAAGCCUUUGAGAGCUGUUCCAUGGCUUGGUCAGCUGCUUGGGAUCAUGCUCUAAGAUUACAGCAAGCUGAUGUAAUAGGUAUUCGUAUAAUCUUAAUUUAUAUUUCAUGUAAACUAGUGUAAUCCUCCUUAAAUUAUUCUAAAAUAUUUCUAAUAAUCUGCAGUUGCAUAUACUUGUACUAUAACCAGAAAGACCUUAUAAGUUCUGUAUAAUUUUGAUGGAUGAUCCAGUAAGGUAAGUCAAGGGAGGUUUAAUAGAUUUAAAUGGAAAACAGCUCUUGUUUCUUUUUAAAUAAAAUUUAUUUAUAUCUGUUUAACAGAAUCUUUUUGUGCAGCUUUAUUUCCUGAAAGUUGCGAUGGUAAUGAUCUGUCUAGUGGCUGAGAAGCAGGGGGAAAAAACAAAGAUCAUGUUAGAAAUCAGAGAGUAGAAGAAUGAGUGGUUUGUCUAUUAUAAAGAGACUAUCUGAUAACAGUCUUUUGUGAUCAUAUCUGUGAAACACACCUAAUUCCUGUAGACAAUUAUAAAAAUAUUUAAUUUGGGGGAAAGGUAAGUCUUCUUAAAUAAGUUAUUGCCUAAAAUGAUACCACAAUAUUAUUUAGGAAAAAUAAUCUCUAUCAAAGUUUUAUGGAACUUGAAAGUAAUUUCCUUUUAGAAGAUACGAUAUGGCUCAUUCUCAUUAGAAGGGAAAUGAUCAUAAGUAUGUUAAUGAGAAACUGAUUGUAAAUUAUACUAAGAUAUGUGUAUAUAUAUGUGAAAAAUUACCCUUAUUAUGCCAUAUUUUUACAGAUAAUCUGUCAUUUUGAAUUUCCUUGAUAAAAGUUGUAUUUAUGAAAAGGAUGUAAAUACGUGAAGUAAGUUUCUCCAUUAAAUAAAACUGUGACAAAAAUCAAGUUAAUGAUGUACAUUAUCCUAAGAACUACCACUAUGAGUCAGAACCAAAGGUGUAUCUCUAGCCUUGUAUCCAGUCUCCAGCAGUUGCCACCAGCAGAUUGUGUGAAACCAAGAACAAAUAAGGUGAGCCUGCUUUUCUCCAUGAAUUUUUCCAUUUUUGAACUUACGCAUUCUUUCAGCCUCUGCAAUCCCUUGUGGCUGUGAGCUUCACAUUUUCGUUAUCUAUUGUGUAAAAAAGUAAUCUCUUUUUUGCUUCAGAUCUGUUUUAUCCAAGAAUUGCUAGUGCACCUGAACAUACUUACUGGAAGGGUAUUAUAAAAUGAACAGCAAUCCAUUUGCCACUAGUGCUUAAGAGCUUUGGGAAAUUUUAAUGAUAAAAUACUCGUUUAGGCAGAAAAUGUAGUCACUUUUCCUAAGUUGAUGACAAUAUUAUCUUACUUGUCCCUCUGAAUAAAUUUUUACACAUAAAUACUAGUGUGUGAAGUAUUAAAAGUCAAAUUUCAACUGCAGAAUGAUUUUUUUUUUUUUCUUCAUGUUGGUGUAAAAAAAAUCAAAGGCAAAACCUAUUCUUAGGCAAAACCCUGCUGAGGUAACACUGGACUUGGAGAUGAGUAGUAAGAGCAUUUAUUGGGGCCAGCAUAAAUGGAUGUAACCUUGUGAUUGUGCAGAAGACAGAGACACUGUCCUGGGUAUGCUGAAAACCAUACUCCUCAUUCCACGUUUCAAUAACUUGUUUUAAUACAUAGCCCCAGUUGCAACUGUUUAACUGGUGUUUUUGCUGGCUACUGGAGUUUGAAAAUGAAGAAUGGGCCAAAAGGCUUAAGCAGAGGCUGCCCACUCUCCAUUCACAUCAUAGCCAGCACCAGAGUAGUAGAUGUAUGUAUUUAAAUGUGGUCCUGCAAGGGGAUGUGAACUGUGUCUCUGUAAUGUCACCCAGCUCUGUAUUGCCUAUGAAGUAUUUCUUUUCCCGAUAUGUAUGUUCCUUUUACAGCCCAGACUCUUAAGUAUAAAGACCACUGGGGAAGGCAAGAAUGUAUCUUAAAGAAUUUAUUUAAUAACCUGCUAUAUCUGAAUAAGUUCUAACCUAAUGGACUCUUAAAGUAUAGUUCAAAAGCUAUAGAAAUCUGUUAUAUGGAGACCUCCUGCAGCUUUACACUUACAAUAAUUUUUAUUUUUGUUUUCAAAAGCAUUGAGCUGUUUGUUAUAAAAUAAUGAAUGUGAGAAUUGGCAGAUUUUUCUGAAAGAAGUCUUACUUCCUAGAAACUUGGCACUUUUUAAAUCUACCAUGCUUACAAGUCUAGUGGCAUAUUCAUCAACUGAAGUUUAUUGUGAAAUAUACUGUAUGUAUUUACUACUGUGGCUAACAAUGUGGAAUUUAUUGUUUUUGCAGUAAAUAAGGUUAUGGCACUUAAAUUUUUUGGACCUGCUGAAGCAUGUUUGCUAAUCAUAAGUUACCCUUUUUCCUGUAGUUUAACCUACUCCAUAGUCGUCUGCCCUUUGGGCAGUUUGAAUUCAGCGACUGAUAAUUGGGUAUAGUUUUGCACUGACAAAAUUUGAAGCUGCUGUGUACUUGGUUACUAAAAUUUAUGCUAAGAAAAAAGUGCAGUAACUGUAAAAAAAAAAAAAAAAACACAACUGUUUUUACUUGCCGUAUGAAAUGGCAACAUGUCGUUUGUAACGAAUGGUCCUGCUUUCCUCUGUGUAUUCCUUUGCAGUGUUUAAUUACAGAAUGGUGUGCAUGGUUGGUAGUACCAAUACCAUACGUCUGUGGUAGGAGUGGUAACCAGUUUCUGGAUUUGUAAUGCACUAUAAAGGUAUAUUUUUUAAUUCUGUAACUGUAUGGCAGUGUUAUGCCAAAAAACUGUAUAAACAUAAAAAGCAAUAGUUUAUGUUGCUUACUGCUAUAUUUUAAAUUUUUUGUUUGUAAAAUGAAAUACUUGGAGUUCCUUUCAGGUAAAUAUAUUUUUAAUAACAGCAGCCAAAACCUCUAAAAUAAUAAAGCUUCUUUGUUCAGCAGCAUUGUUUUGGCAACAUGUAUGAAUAUUGUGUAGCUCUAAUAAUGUAAUUGCUCUUCUGCACUUGUUUGUAGUCUCCUGUAAAUGUAUUAAUACCUAAAAGGGGCAUUAAAGGCUCUGGUCCUGCUC